AUGGCGAGUGCAAAAACAAAAGAAACUGAAACCUAUUUGCAAGUUGAACACAUUGGAAAGAUACAAUCAUUAUUAAGUAUAGCAUUACCGCAAGAUGAUACGAAAACUUCUGGGCGGAAUCCCAAACGUUAUAAAGCACUUUUGAUAUGUGUUAUCUGUAAUGGUGAUGCUCAUGGCUACAAUUUUGACGCUAUAUCAUGCGAGUCAUGCAAAGCGUUUUUCCGCAGAAAUGCAUUGCAACCAGUGGAAAAAUUAAAAUGCCGUGGUACCGGUUCCUGUAAUGUAGCAUUUAAUGUACCGAAACGUUGCAAAAGGUGUCGUCUCGAAAAAUGUCUUACAUCGGGUAUGCGAAAAGCAUGGAUUCUGUCAGACAAAGAAAAAGCAGAUAAAUGUGCUAGAAUAGAAGAAAACCGUUGUCUCAAGAAAGCGCAUAAUAAUAUUCAAGAAUCUCUUCAACUUGAAAUAUGUGAUUCCAAAAUUGAUGAUGAUUUAACAUUUGAUUUAUCAUCAUUGAUCAAUGGACCCAUUUUAAAUGAGCUCGAUUGGUUUAGCAUUAAAUCUAUUCAAGACUGUUUUACUGGAGCUGUUCGAUUAAAUCGAAUAGCCAAUAUAUCUGAGCAACCAUUAACGCAAUCCGUUGACUCUACGGUUGAAUUAUUUCGUGUACUAUUACGUUUAUCAUCCAGGCGCCUGAUAAGUUAUAUAAAACAAAUCAAUGAAUUUCAACAAUUGGAUGCCGACGAUCAAGUUUAUUUGGUUAAAUUAAAUUUAUUAACAAUUUGUUGUCUUCAUUCAAUAUUUACUUAUGAUCCAAUAGUCGAUUGUUAUCAUGAACGGGAUACAAUGGAUCCAUCAUUUUCUAGUACAGAUUGGGAUAAAUUAUUGAAUACGCAAUUUCAUAUGAAAAUGAAACAAAUACGAAAUGAUUUAAUUGAUAUAUUUCAAUCGGAUGAUAUUCUUAUUAAACUAUUUUAUUUAAUUCUUCUAUUCUCAAAUCAAGUGUCUCUAAAUCAAUCUUCUAAAUGUUUAUUAACAAAUAAUAAUUCAUUGAGUAUAUUCAAAGGACAAAAUGUAUAUACAGAUCUAGUAUAUAGGUAUUGUUUACAUCAACAUGGUUCUGAGCAAGCACCUAUAUUAUUUCUACGAUAUGUUAAUAAAUUAAUGCAAAUUCAAAAAUUAGUCGAUGAAAUCAAACAUUCAAUAAACGAUUCUAUUGAUAUAACAGACUUAUCACCAUUAAUGCAAAGUCUUCUUGUCUGA